GCGAGCCCCGCCCCGCCGCUGCAUCCUCCCACCUGGGGCUGCCUCCUGCCCCGCCUGGGAGGUGAGUUUCUUCCACGCCGGCUCCCCACGCAGGGCCCCCGCCCCGGGACCGGGACCCCGCCCCUGCCGCGGGGCUGAGCAGCGGCGGAGACCCAGGAACCCGGGGGCUGAGCCGGGCACCUUCCCCGCCAUGGACUGAGCGCCCUGCCUUCUCCGCCGGGGCUGGGACUCGCCCCUUGCUCCCCCUUCCCUGCUGGGGGGUUCACCCCCCCCCCACACACGUCUCCUCCCCGCUGGGUUUGUGUUUAUGGGGCACGAAGAGACUUGACAAUGUUAUCGGGCUCCAAAAACUCACUUACAAUCCAGCAGGACGCGCAGGGCCCUCCGCUGAGAGGUCCAAAGUCCUCUGACAUGAACGGCCAGAGAAACAGAAACUGCCAGGCUUUCCCGUGUAUCCCAGGGGAACACGUCCUGGAAGAGGCAGCUCGCGUGAGGAAGAUCGUCCGCUCCAGGGAUGGCCAAGGAUCCAUCCUGGGCACACUGUACUGCACCAACCUGAGAGUCGCCUUUGUGCCGGAGCCGGCCCCAGGUGACACGGUGGGGGCCCCUCGCUGUUCCACUUGCCUGCACAGUGAGCACGACGUGGCCCUGCCCUGCAUCGGGAGGCUGGUGGCAGUGAACAGCUUCACCAAGGCCAAGGUGCUGACGGCCAGCUCCACCCUCAAGUUCAUCCCAGAGGAGCUGGUGCUCUACUGCCGGGACUUCCGGGUGCUGCGUUUUGGCUUCCGCGACAGCAGCUUGGAGUACCAGGCCUUUCAGGUGACGCUGGCCAUUGUGCAGGCUCAGGAGAGCAGCAGCAGAAGUGCGGGGAUGUGGUACGACGGCACUGCUAUCAGGAACCUGGAGAACGCCUGGCCGAGCACGGAGGAGUCGUCGUCCCCCCCGACGCUGCUCUUCGAGAGUCCCUGCGACUGGGAGAAGGAGCUGAGGCGGCUCGGGGCUGCUGGCUGGAGGGUCAGCCCGGUCAAUGAGCGCUUCGACAUGGCCACCAGCCUCCCCAAGUACCUCUGGGUCCCCAGCAGGCUCCUGGACAACGAGCUCAAGAGGGCCUUUGGCCACUUCAACGCGAGGCGCAUCCCGAGGCUGUGCUGGCAUCACCCGGGAGGCAGCGACCUGCUGAGAGCCGCUGGCUUUCACGCCGACUCAGACCCCGAGAGGGAAGACGUGAGGUCCGUGGAAGCGCUGAUGCUCGCUGGCCACGCCCAGUGCGUGAUAGUGGAGACAGCCGCUGACCUGCCCAGCCCUGCAGAGAUCCAGCUCUCUUACCUCAAGCUUCGGGCCCUCUGCCUUCCUGACUCCUCUGUGGCCGAUGAGAAGUGGCUCUCUGCCCUGGAGGGGACGCGCUGGCUGGACCACAUCAGGGCUUGCAUGAGGAAAGCGAACGAGGUGGCCGCCCUGCUGGCGGAGAGGUCCCGCUCCGUCAUCCUGCAAGAGUCAGACGACCGGGAUCUGAACUGCCUGCUGGCCUCCCUUGUCCAGAUCCUGUCAGAUCCCCACGCCCGCACCCAGUCUGGGUUCCAGAGCCUGCUGCAGAAGGAGUGGGUGGUGGCAGGGCACCCCUUCCUCCAGCGCCUCAAUCUCCUCCGGGACAACGACCGCGAGGAGUCUCCGGUGUUUCUGCUUUUCCUGGACUGCGUGUGGCAGCUGCUCCAGCAGUUCCCAGCAUCCUUUGAGUUCACAGAGACAUACCUGGUGGCCCUCCACGACAGCAGCUACAUACCCUUCUUCAGCACCUUCUUGUUUAACUGCCAGUGGGAGAGAGAUCGCAGAAAUCAGCACCGUGCCUCCAACCAGAUCUACGCGCCCGUCAACGGCUGGCGGGAACCCCUUCCCCUGGAGAUCCUGCAGAAGGGUGGCCGCCUGGUGAAGGAGACGGGGGGCCCCUACUUGCCCACCAUCUGGGACUGGGCGCUGCGCUACACCGCCCAGCAGAGGGCACAGUUCAGAAAUCCCGCCUAUGCCAGGGGCAGCAGCAGCGUUCCAAAUGGCAACUCUGCCCCACUAGGGGGCGACAAGCUGGAAGCUGCCUUGUCUGGGAAUGGGGCCGUGUACCUGUUUGUCAAGGGGGGCCUCUCACCGCAGACCCACCUCUUCCCCUGGAAGAAUGGCUCGCUUUCCAGAAAGGGCUGGCGGUGGGCUCAGUCCUUGGAGAGCCUCAGCGAACAGGACCGGUCCUUGAGGAGCAAACCCAGCGGCUGCCCCCUGCAGCCUGAGGGGCUGCUACUUCCUGCCUCUGUGGGCCCCCUGAUCCAGCUCUGGAGAAGGUGUUACCUGCGGGGGAGCCAGGAAGUUCAGCGCGGCCUCUUUGCCUCCACGCUCGCUGAACUUGCGGAGGAGCUGGACCUGCUUCGAGAGCGGCUGGGCGACUGACAAGCGAGAGGACCCACUUAGGUGACUCGCCAUGGCAGCAGAGAGCCCCAGCCGGGGGCACGCGGAGCCCCUUCUCGCCAUCCCCCUGAAGGCGAAACGCCGUGAAGACUGGACGGCAUCGCGUCCCUGCUGCCAUGCUGGAGACAGGAGAGUGCCCUGGGCAGAACUGGAUCUGUCUUCUGGGCCAGUGGACAAACGGGGAGACUUGGAGUUGUAGGAACGGCUUCAACAGAAUUUGGGCACUGCUGUCCCUCCUGACGCUGGGAGCUGCCUGUCCUUCUGUGGCUGCCGGAAAGGGAACCGGGUAACCCUGUUCAUCUAAAGGGCUUGCUCCCACCCCCGCAGCUCAGGGUGAUAGGUGCCCAGAUAACCCUGGCUCCUCCCAAGUGCUACCUCCUCAAAAUCAGGCCCGAUCCCAGGGCUCCCACCUGGCCCUGAGUCGUCUGGCGAAACCCCACCCAGUCACGCUGGGCAUUUGCCCGGGAUUCGGAUGGUGGGAUCUUGGUGGGAACCAAACACCUCCACUGUUUUCCAGCGCCACUUGGCAAAACCUACAGCAUCGGAUUCUGUUAACGCAGGGUUCAGGGCAGGCUCCAGUGUACUGGGUCCAACUGCUUUGCUGCUGCUCGAGCUGAGUUGCGUCUCUCUCCGUUGUCUGAUAUUUCAUGCCCCUUUACUUUCCUUGCUCCCACAGGGAGGCUUACUCAGCUGAUGAGACUGGCUCAUUCACGCUCCUCCAACUGGGUAUUGAUGCUGUAACAUACCUCCCCCAGAGGGGCGGCACGUGGGUGGGAGGGUAGGAGAGGUAUGUUACCCUGCCUCUGCCCAUGCUGUACCCAUCCUCUGGAUUAUCGCUGGCCUCCAGUCUCCAGCACUGCCAGUCUGGUACGCAGCCCUGAGUUGCAGCUCGACGAAGCUCUUAACCCCCCUGCCUGGAUUUCCCAAGCGAACCUUUCAAACGAGGCUUUUGAAGCGGAUGGAGAGGGGAAAAGGGAUUGAAUCUUUCAGAAGCGGGGGGUGGGGAGGAGCAGGAGAACCCCAUCCUCAGUAGAUCACAGGGAGCCCGCACGAGCUCCCGUCUCCGGGCAGGGCUACGCUCCAAACUCGCAUCGGCGGCCCGCUGUAGCGCUUCUGGUGAAGAUGUUCUUAGCCGACAGGAGAGAGCUGUCCCGGCAGCCACGGGGCGGGUUAAGGUCGGUCUCACGACGUUGCUCAGGGGUGUAAAAAAUCCCCCCCCCCCCGAGCGACGUAGUUAGAGCGGCGUGCGUAGUGUAGACCCGGCCUCUGGUCCGAAAGGGACUGUCCCCCAAAGCUGCCUUGCGGAGCCCGUGAGUCGGAUGCACUUGGAGCUGCCGUGCUAGCAACGUGCUGGGGCGGGUCUUUGAGGGGGUGGGCAUGUCCCAGUGACAGGUACUUCCUGUGCUACCUCCCAAACUUGCUUUCUAAGCCUCGGAGUUCAGGUCUCGAGUGGAGAGUCCCCAGAGGGUGGGAAUGUCCGGAUCCGGAGUGUUGGGACUCUGUGGGCUGAACAAUGUACCCAGCUGUGUCUCUGCCAAUCGUCUGGGCAGCAUGUAAGCUGCAGUUGCGCUGGCAGGGGCAGCUGGUAACUGCCCUCUCUUGGUUUUGUGUGUGUGUGUCUGUCCCAAGUGGGGUCCCGGGAGCCUCGGUCCUUCGUUACCACCCUCGAACAAUGGCAAUUCCGUGCUCAGUAGUUUCUCCUACAGCGCGUUUCCAGCACAAGCUUAGGGGAGGACGGCACAGGGGUGGGAGUCUUUCCUAGAGGCCAUCAUGGCAGACCUAGGUCAGGUUACCACCUGAUGUCUCUGAGGAGGGGAUUGGUGGGUCGCAGCCAAGUCCCCAUUAAACGAGCAUCCGUGUCCCCCCAACUUCCAUCAUCUUUCCUGCUCUGCGGCUCCCACCUUGAUACAUGCAGUGGAGCGUGAAUGGGCCUUGUUCUCACCUUUCCCAGUGUUCCUUAUAACCCAGGGCUGAGGCUCCAUGUAUGGGGGUGGGCGGGGGCAGUUUACUUGGACUGUACCCGGCCUGGAGGUCUUCAGUUUCCAGGGUGAUCCCACUGGAAUCUGUCUUGAGCUUGACAGGGAAGUAACCAUCCAUCCCAGUCAUGGGCUGCUUCUGGCCUUAAGCCAGAGAUGAUGUUGCUUUUGUAUGUUAAAUCCUAAUUGAAAAGUGAAUGCUCCGGAUCAUGGGCCAUGCAUUUCAGGGAACCGCACUUGCUAUCUGAGCUCCAGCUUUUCAGAGGCCUGAAUCGCAACCCUGUCACCCACCACUCCUUCCACUUUUUAGCCAGCCUUCUUGGGCUGAGACUUUCAUCUCCGAGGGGGAAGCAGGAUGUGGAACCCAAUCUUCUCCCUCCUCACUCUGCAGAAGUUGCAUCCAGUUAGUCCAUUUCACCAGCCAUGCUUGGGCAUUAGAAUCAACAGGCGUCUUUCCAUUGGCCCCAAUGGACAUUGGAUUCAGGCCCUUGUGAGGGAGAUGGAGGAAACCCUUUGAUGGGAGACUUGCUGCGUCUUUCAGGUACCUACAGAUGCAUGACUGCCAUACCCAUAUGG